GUGGACCUAAAACCAUUAUCUUUCACUCACAUGGGUUACAGAGCCUCUACCUCUUUCAUGUGCAUCUCUGCGUCCCCAACCUGGCCCACUCAGCUCCGGAGUCUACACCAUCAACAUUGCUGGACAGAAUGUUCAGGUUUACUGUGACAUGGACACAGCUGAAGGAGGUUGGACAGUCAUCCAGCGCCGUAUGGACGGAAGUGUCGACUUCAACAGACAGUGGGAAGACUACAGGGAUGGCUUCGGCCAUCUGUCCGGAGAGUUCUGGCUGGGACUGGAACAUGUCCAUCAACUGACCCGUCAGGGCGGCUGGAAACUCAGGAUUGAUUUUGAGAGACGGGAGAGGAGAAAGGUCUUCUGGGCUGAAUAUGUCAGCUUCAGCGUGGGCAGCGAGAGCACCAACUACCAGCUCUACCUGUCAGGUUUCACCGGUACUGCAGGAAACUCCAUGGAUUCAAAGAGCUACCCGUGGACCACAGCCAGGUACAUGAUGUUCUCCACACCAGACAGGGACAAUGAUGAAUCGCAGAGGAAAAACUGUGCCAGGGAACAGGAGGGUGGCUGGUGGUACAACGACUGUUCCCUGUCAGGACUCAACCAAAGGUAUCCUGACAAAGAUGUGCCCUGCAGCAGUCACAUUUACAUGGAAUGGCAAACUCUGACUGUUAGAUUUCACUGUUUGAACAAAGUGUCAAUGAAAAUAAAACCCCUGCCAAGGUGACUUUUUACCUAGUGAGAAAUCUCCAACCUUUGCCCAAUAUCACAACCACAAAGAAUUCAAGCA